AUGCGUUUUUGUCCUAAUAUAUCUACAUUAUUCAAUGAUAUACCAAAACUUACUGAACGAUAUAUUCAUAUUGUUCAACGAAAAGAUUAUCGAUUUGAUGCUAUUGAAUGUCAAAAUCCGUAUGAUGUAUCUGUGAAUAAUUGGAAAGAGAUAAUAUCAAAUAAUAAAUCAUUAAAAUGGAUUUUGAUUAAUAGUUUACCACUUUAUGAUCAAACUAAUAUGAUACCUUCUUUUAAUGAUUAUCAACAAUUGGUUCUUAAUCGUACACUUGACUAUGCAAAAGCAUUGAAUGUCAAAAAAGUUCAUUUAGUGAUGAUGGAUAUUACGAAUGAUUCUGAUCGACAAAAGAUUAUUGAUCUUGUGUAUCAAGCAGCUCGAUUUUUUCAACCACAUCAUAUAAUAUGUCUAAUUGAACCACUCUCAACACGAUUAAAUUAUUAUUUACAAUCAUAUUCGAUAGCAAUGGAUAUUGUUAAAUCAUCAAAAAUCGCUAAUUUAAAAAUUAUGCUUGAUUCAUUUCAUUUACAACGAUUACAUGGAAAUUUAACUGAACGAGUUGAAGAAAUGAUACCAUUUAUUGGACAUGUUCAAAUUUCACAAACACCUAAACGCGAUUGUCCAAUGAAUGAAGAUGGAGAAGUUAAUCAUCGAUAUUUUCUUUCGAAACUUCUUGCACCAUUUUAUCAAGAUUUUAUUGGACUUGAAUAUAAUGAUUCAAGUAAAGCAUCAUUCGAAUGGCUCAAUGAAUUUUCAUAA